AUGGAGUUUCCCAGAGAAGGACUGUCAAGCACUAGGCCACCUGCCCUCAUUGGCACGAAUUUUUCCUACUGGAAAGCCAUAAUGCAAAUAUACAUCUUGGCACAAGGAGAAGGUGUCUGGAAUGCUAUAGAAAACGAAUGGAAAACUCCAGUUGAUGAUAAAGGGAACUUAAAACCUAAAAUUGACUGGAGUGAAGAAGAAAAAACAGAAUAUAACUUCAACUCGAAGGCAAUGAAUGCAAUCUAUGGAGCUGUGAGCGAAGAUACCUUCAAACUGAUUGCCUCCACUCGCAUAGCCAAAAUUGCGUGGAGUAUAUUGUGCGAUCAUCAUGAGGGAAACACAACUGUAAGACAAUCUAAGCUUCAGAUGAUACAAACUGAAUUUGAAAACCUGAAAAUGGAAGAGGAAGAAAGCAUCACCCAAUUCAGUGCCAGAGUUUUGAGUAUAUCCGGAGAUGCAUUCAACUUAGGCGAACCUAUACCCGAACAUAGGAUCGUCAAAAAGGUACUACGCUCACUACCCGGAAGAUUCCAAAUGAAAGUCACCGCUAUUCAAGAACAUAAAGAUCUAAACACCUACAAACUGAGUGAUCUAAUGGGAAACCUUCAAACAUAUGAGCUUGAGAUACUGCAAAAAGGGAAUAACAAUGACAAAGGAAUUGCGUUCCAAUCAAAGCAGAAAGGAAGUCCAGAAAUUGAUACUGAAACCAUAGAACAAUCAAUCGCUCUCCUAACAAAGAAUUUCAACAGAGUUCUCAAACAAUUCAACAAAUUUAGAAACAAAAGUGCUUCAAUCAAUCAAGGAGACUUCCCAACUGGACAAAAUCAAUCUAUUCCAAAAAGAAGAGACAGUUCAAAUACAGAAGGGAUACAGUGCUAUGAAUGCAAAGAUAGUGAAGAAGAUGACAGCAACACAAAUUUCGUAGCCUUCACCGCUAGCCAUGAAAGCAACAAUAGCGAUGACAUGCAAGAGUUACUAGAGGCAUACACUCAACUAAAUGCCAAGUGGGAGCAAAUCAUCAAGAAAAAUUUGGAACUCGUGGAAGAUAAUCACUAUUUGAAGAAUGAAAAAGAACGAAUAGAGAAACAAUACAAAGAAGCUCAAAACGAACUAUUAGACUUCAAAAACAAAGAAGCUAAACUACUACAAGAAAUCAAGGAGCUUACCGAAAGACCUAGGACUCCAAGCACAGACACUAGUGAGAAUCGUCAAACCGAGACACAGGAAGUGUCACAACAGCACUUCCGACACCGAAGAAGAAUAAGGUGCUACUAUUGCCACAAACUAGGACACAUCAAAGCUCACUGCUACAAGAGACAGAAUGAUCUUUACUACAGACAAAACAAUAGAGUGUGGCCAACACAGAACAGAAAUAAUAAAAAACUUGAGAACAUCCAGUACAAAAAUGAAGGGCAUGUCACUUUUGGAUACGGUGGAAAAGGACAAAUUAUUGCAAAUGGUACCUUGAAUGUCCAUGGGCUGCCUAAGUUGUCAAAAGUCCUUUUAGUACAAAGCCUAAAAGCAAAUCUAAUCAGCAUAAGUCAGCUUUGUGAAGAUGAACUCAAAGUAGAGUUCUCUAGAGACAGUUGCAAUGUGUUUAAUCAGAAUCAUGAUUGUGUCAUGAUGGGAAAAAGGUCUACAAACAAAUGCUACACAUGGGAUAGUGAUCUAUCCGGUUUACAGACAACCAUCAGUCAAACACAAUUAUGGCACCAACGUAUGGGACACAUAAAUUUUCAUGACCAAGGAGCAUCCCCAGGCUAUUCAUCAAACAGUGUGAUCAUUGAUGAUGUAACUCCAGCAAUAACCACUGAUGAUGACAAAAGUCCAAGAGUUGUUGAAACAACUAUUCCAACACCUCUGACUAAUGAUAUGCAGAAUUGCAGAACAGAAACAGAGCCAAAUGAAGAAAAGGAUAAAGUCAUUCUACCGUCUUAA